UGAUGUCUUUCUCCCUCCAAAGUAUGAGCACAUCGGCUGCCUUUGCCAGGUCCCGCCUUCCCAUCCCUGACAUUGGAGGAAGUGAAAGCCGUGGGCUCCUCUUCAAAAACAGGAUAGUCUGUGGCUUCUGCUUCUCCCUCUUCUCUUGGGAGCCGGAGGACGCCCGCCACCAGCCAUGUGGCCCUGCUGUAGCUGGAGGGACAUAUGCAAGUAUGAGACCACCAAGGUCAUCCGCGUUGAAAGCAUGACCUAUGGGACUCUUAGAUGGAGCCUCUGUGCCAUAGUCUUCUUCUACGUUUGUGUGGGCUUGUUGAGUGACAAGCUGUAUCAACGGAAAGAACCCCUCAUCAGCUCGGUGCAAACCAAAGUGAAAGGCAUAGCAGAGGUGAAGAAUGGGAACAGCAAGACGAGAGUGUUGGACACGGCCGAUUACACGAUUCCUUUGCAGGGAAACUCAUUCUUUGUGAUGACUAACUUCAUAUCCACAGAAGGCCAGACACAAGGACUUUGUCCCGAGUAUCCCACCCGCAGGACUCUCUGUUCCACUGACCAGGGGUGUAAGAAAGGGAAGAAGGACCCACUGAGCAAAGGGAUUCAGACAGGAAAGUGUGUGCCGUACAGUACCACCCAAAAAACCUGCGAGGUCUCUGCCUGGUGCCCCGUAGAACAAGAGAGAGAUGCUCCUCGGCCAGCUCUCCUGAUUAGUGCUGCAAACUUCACUGUGCUCAUAAAGAACAACAUUGAUUUCCCAGGCCACAACUACACCACAAGAAACAUCUUGCCAGGAGUCAACAUUACAUGCAUGUUUCACAGGACUCAUAAUCCGCAGUGCCCAAUCUUUCGGCUGGGAGAUAUCUUCCAAGAAGUAGGGGAGAAUUUUUCCGAUGUGGCAGUGCAGGGUGGAAUUAUGGGCAUUGAGAUCUACUGGAACUGCAACUUGGACUCAUGGUUCCAUUCCUGCCGUCCAAAAUAUAGUUUCCGUCGACUCGAUGAUAGGACCACCAUUGAGUCCUUAUAUCCUGGCUAUAACUUCAGAUUUGCCAGAUAUUAUAAGGAAGGAAAUGUAGAAAAACGAGAUCUGAUCAAAGCUUUUGGGAUCCGCUUUGACAUUCUGGUUUUUGGCACAGGAGGAAAAUUUGACUUUAUCCAAAUGGUCGUAUACAUUGGCUCAACUCUCUCCUAUUUUGGUCUGGCCACGGUAUUCAUCGAUUUUCUUAUUGAUACGUACUCGAGUACCUGCUGUCGAACUCAUGUUUAUCCCUGCUGUAAGGUCUGUGAGCCCUGUGGGGUCAAUGAGUACUACUAUAGGAAGAAGUGUGAGACCAUUGAGGAGCCCAAACCGACUUUAAAGUAUGUAUCCUUUGUGGAUGAGCCCCACAUUCGAAAGGUGGACCAACUGUUGCUAGGGAAAAGUUUGCAAGAAGUGGCAGGUCAAGAAGUUCCAAGACCCCGAAGGAAUUUCACCGACUUGGCCAAGCUGUCCCCACCACCCCAACCUGGCAUGGACCCCAGCCCUGCAGGCCCAGAAGAAAUGCAGCUCCUUAAGGACAGGCCAAGUCCUCCAUCCCAGGGAAAGCUCAAGUGGUGCUGCUGUGGACACUGCCGCCCAUCCCAGCUUCCAGAAGGCACCAGGUGCCUGGAGGAGCUCUGCUGUCGCAGGAAGGGGGGUCCCUGCAUCACCACCUCAGCCCUAUUUGAGGAGCUGGUCCUCUCCAGGGCCGCACUGCGCUUCAUCUUGCUCUACCAAGAGCCUCUGCUGGAGAUGGAUGCUGCCACCCUGAACAACCGGCUCCGGCGCUGUGCCUACCAGCGCUACAUCGAUUGGCGCUUUGGCUCCGAGGACAUGGCGGGCUUCGCCAUCUUGCCCAGCUGCUGCCGGUGGAUGAUCCGAGACCAUUUUCCCAAGCAAGAUGGGAAGUACACUGGCUUCAAGAGCCCUUCCCCAUACACAUUCUUGGAAUGAUGGAGCCGCUAAAAUGGGCUCCUUGAAACUUUAACAUUCUUGAUCUUCUAGAGAAGGAUCUGGAAGGUCCAACCUCAGGGCACGGAAACCUCCUUUCUCACUUCGAAGCUCUUCACGUGUCAGAAGGAAGCUUUUUGCCUCAGCAUCCUCAUCUAUAAAAUGAUCUGGAGAAGGAAAUGGUAAAACCCUGCAGUAUCUCUGCCAAGAAAAUCCUGAAUGGGGUUACAAAGAAUUGGAUGUGACUAAGCAACACCAACAAAAUGCAUCUGUUUUAUUCCUCCACACUCAUGUUAUUUAAUUUAGUAGAAUAUAAACUCUUUGAGGGCAGGAACAACUUUCAUUUUUGUCUGUAUGUUCCCAGAGCCUAGAAGAGCACCUGGCAUGUGUUCUUCUUCUUCUUUUUUUUUUUUUUUGAAAAUUUUAUGUAGUUAAUUUAGAAUAUUUUCCCAUGGUUACCAGAUUCAUGUUCUUUCCCUCCUCUCCCCUCAACCCCCCUCCCAUAGCUGAUGCACAAUUCCACUGGGUUUUACAUGUGGCAUGUGUUCUUAAUAAAUAUUUGGGGUUGUUGAAUUAAAUUGAAAAGGACAGGGAGCUUAGAAGACAUCUAGUCCAAGCUCUUCAUUUUACAGACCAGAAAACUAAGGACUACAGUGUUGAAGUGAGUUAUUUAAGAUCCCACAGGUUAAAUAAGUAGCCAACCAGGUCCUGUGACUCUAAAUUGACUCUUUCUUAGGACUGAGUCUUGGGUAAGUAAUAGUAAGAUUUAUGGCAGUAAUGGUGAACCUUUUAAAGGGGUGGAUGAUGUGAGAACCAGUGGAGAGGAGGAGGGUAGCAGCCUGGUCCUGCAUUCCUCUGGUUUUCUAGUAACAAACUCUGGCAAACUCUAUGCUAGGGUGAUGGUGCAUGAGCCCACAGAGAGGGCUCAGAGUGCCCCCUCUGGCAUGCAUGCCAUAGGUUCACCACCAUGGACGUAUGGCUUUUUCAGAGGAUUACAGAAUCAGUGAGCGAGCCAAUAAAUAUUUUUUUCAGCCUCCUGCUAUGCUUCAUGCACAGAUGCUUGGGAUGGAAAAAAAAGGGCAAAGGAUAGUCCCUUCGGUUCCAAUCUGGCCUCAGAUACUUCCUAGCUGGGUGACCCUGGGCAAGUCACUUAACCUCCAUUGCCUAGCCCUUACCACUCUUCUGCCUUGGAACAGAUACUUAAAAUGGAUUAUAAAACAGAAGGUAAGAGUUAAAACAAAAUAGUGUCUGCUCUCAAGGAGCUUACAGGAGCUCACAGUUUAAUGGAUCAUAAAACUGGACUUAGAAGGGACCGCAGAAACUUUAGACUUUUAGAGGUGAAAUUUGAACCCAUACCUACUGAUUCUAGGGUCAUGCCCUUUUCCCUAUGUGCUGCCUCCUUUUGGUUCCUCACUAGUAAGUAGCACGGCCUGUAAUUUCUCCAUAGAAAGGUCUCAUCGUCCUAAACUUGGCAAAGAGCUUAGUGGAAGACUGUCUCCAGGUAUUUGCCGGUUCCAAGUUAGUUCUAGAAGGUCCCAAGGGUUCAAGUUUCUUCUUGAUAUUUCCAGGAUGGUCCGUGGUGGCUCAUUCUUGGAAUAACUCACAUCAGAACGUCUUCCCACUGGGUUUCUUGGGCUGUGAAAGAGAGUGUUGUUUUUAAGGCUGAGAAAACUUCCCUCUCUCUGCCUUUCAUUUCCUGUGCCUUUGAGGCCACUCAGAAUUACUGCAGUAAAGAACAAUCCAAACCUUUCAGAGGAAAAAAUGAGACACGUAACACAAAGCCUUCCUGAAGGGCAGGGAAAGGGACUAGCCCUUUCUCUUCUCCAGAUUGCCUCCUGCAGGGGCAGCUGGGUGACUCAGUGGAUUAAGAGUUAAGUCUAACAUGUAAAACCCAGCGGAACUGCUUGUUGGCUACAGAAGGGAGAAGGGGGGAGAGGAGGGAAAGAAUAUGAAUCAUGGAACCAAGGGAAAAUAUUCUAAAUUAAUUCAUUAAAUAAAAAAAUUCAAAUAAAAAAAGAGUCAAGUCUAGAGAUGAGAGGUUCUAGGUUCAAAACUAGCCUCAGACACUUAAAAAUGAAGAACUGUGUGACCCUGGGCAAGUCAUUUCACCCCCACUGCCUAGCCCUUACCGCUCUUCUGCCUUAGAACCAAUACACAGUAUUGAUUCUAAGACACAAGGUUAGGGUUUAAAAAAACAAAUGUGUGACCCUGGGCAAGUCACUUGACCCCCAUUGCCUAGUCCUUACCGCUCUUCUGCCUUAGAACCAAUACACAGUAUUGAUUCUAAGACACAAGGUUAGGGUUUAAAAAAACAAAACAAAACAAGAUUGCCUCUUGCAAGGUGUUUUUGCACCAGGGUUGAAAGUAAAAUGCACUUUUUAACCCAUAAUGGCAGUGUGGUAUAAUGGAUAGAAUAGUAGGCUUGGGGGAAGGAGGACUUGGAUUCGAAUCCUACCUCAUUAACCCUUUGACUGCUUUAAUGUCCUCAUCUGCAAAAUUAAGGUGGGAGGUUAGGGAGGGGAUUAGGCUGGAUGACUUGUAAGAUUCCUUCCAUACUAUCUUAUGUUUCCUUUGUACAGUGCUAUGUUGAAAGAAAUACCACUCUAAGGACUCCUGAGCAUCCUGAGAUGGGAAUAUACGAGGGUUCUGUGUACACAUGAUAGCAAUCAGGGACCUGUGAUUGCAUCAUGCUUGUGUUUCAAGAUGGACCAUUUUCAAAUGUCUAUUUUUUUUUCAAAAACCAUUUCUUGGAUAACUUUUAUUUUCUGUGGCUGUCUUCAGACAGAGCUUCCUUCCUGUCAUCCCACUCAUAGACCAACCCCCCCCCCCCUUAUUUUUUAACUCCUUACCUUCCCUCUUAGAAUCAGAGUGGUAAGGACUAGGCAAUGGGGUUAAGUGACUUGCCCAGGGUCACACAGCUAGGAAGUGUCUGAUCCAGAUUCGAACCCAGGACUCCCAUCUCUGGGCCUGACUCUCAAUCCACUGAGCCACCCAGCUGCCCCCCCCAAGUUAUAACAAAGAAAAUGACUGAAGCCAAAUCAAUGAAAACAACCACCAUAACCAUGGGUGGCUUUUAAAAAUGAGCAACUUUGCAUUUUAAGAAUAUAAAGCAUGGUGAGUAAGAUAGGAUUUUAUCUGGUUUCAGACUCAGGAAUUAAACUAACUGGGCCAGAUUCUCUUGGAGAAUGAGACACUAUGAACCUAUUUUUUUUAAUUGCUAUUCUGUGAUAUUUUUAGAAACUGGACUGUAUCUGGCUUCAUGGGAAUGGAAAUUAUUUGUUCUAUUAAAUCUGCUCUCUUAUUCUCCCAUGUCUGUAUCCAAAUGGCCCCAGAAUGGGAGGUUCCAGGAGUUCAUCUCCAUGCAGUUUCUUCUUCUUCUUCUUCUUCUUCUUUUUUUUAAACCCUUACCUUCCAUCUUGGAGUGAAUACUGUGUAUUGGCUCCAAGGCAGAAGAGUGGUAAGGGCUAGGCAAUGGGGGUUAAGUGACUUGCCCAGGGUCACACAGCUGGGAAGUGUCUGAGGCCAGAUUUGAACCCAGGACCUCCCCUCUCUAGGCCUGGCUCUCAAUCCACUGAGCCACCCAGCUGCCCCCAGUUUCUUCUUUUUUAUAUAUAUUAUAUAUAUGUAUUUUUUGUUACAUUUUGAAUUCUGAGUCCUAUCCUUCCCUCCCAUCCCCACACCAGAGCAGGCCAACAUUUGCCAUGGAUAUAUAUGUGAAACCAUACGAUACGUACUUCCCAACACCAAUAGUGCUUGUUGAUGGUUUUAUGUAGAUGCUUCUUAUUGUUUUAAGGAAAAAUCCUUCUACCCCAAUGUUUUUGUGUGUUUUUAAUAGGAAGGAGUAUUGUAUUUUAUCAAAAGUUUUUUCUGUAUCUAUUGAUAUAAUCAUAUGCUUCUUAUUGCUUUUGUUGUUAAUAGAAUUGAUAUGUUAAUAGUUUUCCUUAUAUGCAACCGGCCUGACGUUCCUGGUAUAAAUCUCACUUGGUCAUC